GGAGGAGGAGGAGGAGCUGGAGGAGGAGGAGGAGGUGGUGAGCUGGGCCAGCGUGAGGAUGCAGGGCUACAAGAAGAGGCAGCACGCCACCCGCGAGGAGGACGACGUCUUCAGCCUGGUGCUGAGGAGGCCCUUAGGCAGCCUCUCCGACUACCCCGGGGCGCUCAAGUCCCCCAUCGUGGUGACGAGCCCGCGGCGGAUCUCGGAGGACGGCCUGGACACCUUCAGCCGCCACUUCGAGAGCAUCAUGGAGUCGCACCGGGCCAAGGGCACGUCCUACAGCAGCCUGGACAGCGAGGACCUGCUGACGUCCAGCCAGCCGGUGUUCACCUUCGACCUGCCCACGCUCACGCCCGAGAUCCAGGGCCAGAUCUGCCAGAGCGCCCGGCAGAUCAUCGAGCUCAGCUUCGCCCCGCUGGCCCAGAGCGAGGCGCCCAGCGUGUCCGAGUCCACCCGCGCCACCGCCUCCGGCCCUGCCCGGACCCGCAGCGCCUCCGACUCCACCCAACCCCCGUCCGGGGAGGGGCUGGGCAGCACCGCAGAGGACACGCCCCCAGGGAGCAGCUCCAGGUCUGAGCCAGAGCGCCGGAAGGACGCACACUCCCCCAGGGACAGGCCCCCACGCCUGGCCACCGACUCGGAGAUAGAGCCGGACAUCAGUGACCGGCUGGGCAGCACCGACACGCUCAGCAAUGGCAACAAGGCCGACGUGGAGGCCGCCAAGCGACUGGCUAAGAGGCUCUUCAACCUGGACGGCUUCAAGAAGUCCGACGUGGCCAGGCACUUGAGCAAGAACAAUGAUUUCAGUCGGAUGGUGGCAGAGGAAUAUCUGCGGUUCUUCAACUUCACAGGACUGACCUUGGACCAGGCGCUAAGGGCCUUCCUGAAGGAGUUUGCCCUGAUGGGCGAGACACAGGAGAGGGAGCGGGUGCUGUCCCACUUCUCGAGGAGGUACCUCCACUGCAACCCCAACGCCAUCCCAUCUGAAGACAGUGUCCACACGCUGACCUGCGCCCUGAUGCUGCUCAACACUGACCUGCAUGGCCAUAACAUUGGAAAGAGGAUGUCCUGCAUGCAGUUCAUCGGGAAUCUAGAGGGACUGAAUGAUGGACAGGACUUCCCUAAGGACCUGCUCAAGGCUCUGUACAACUCCAUCAAGAACGAGAAGCUGCAGUGGACCAUCGACGAGGACGAGCUCCGCAAGUCCUUCUCGGAGCUGGCCGACGGCCGCACGGACUCCGCCUCCCACACCAUGAAGCGGAUCAGCGCCGGGGGGAACCCCUUCACCAGCGUGGCCCAGCAGCCUGGGGCCAUCCUCUACAAGAACGGCUUCCUGGUGCGCAAGGUCCACGCCGACUCCGACGGCAAGAAAACUCCUCGGGGAAAGAGAGGCUGGAAGACCUUCUAUGCCAUACUGAAGGGGCUCAUCCUCUACCUGCAGAAGGGAGAGUACCGGCCGGAGAAGCAGCUGUCUGACGAGGACCUGAAGAACGCCGUGUCCAUCCACCACUCCCUGGCCAUGCGGGCGGCCGACUACAGCAAGAGGCCCAACGUCUUCUACCUGCGCACCGCCGACUGGAGGGUGUUCCUCUUCCAGGCACCCAAUGCGGAGCAGAUGCAGUCCUGGAUCACCCGCAUCAACACGGUGGCGGCCAUGUUCUCGGCCCCGCCCUUCCCAGCAGCCAUCGGGUCACAGAAGAAGUUCAGCCGCCCACUGCUCCCGGGCUCCACCACAAAACUGUCCCAGGAGGAGCAGGUCCAGUCCCAUGAAGCGCGCUUCCGCACCACGUCCUCAGAGCUGACCGAGCUGCGCUCCCACCCGCCCGACCGCAAGCUCAAAGGGCGCGAGCUGGAGGAGUACCGCCAGCGAGAGGAGUAUCUGGAGUUUGAGAAAACGCGCUACGGGACGUACGCCAUGCUCUUGCGGGCCAAGAUCCGCUGCGGGGAGGAGGAGCUGUCGGCGUUCGAGUCGCGGCUCUUCGAGGACAGCGGGCUGCAGCGGGCCCACUCCAGCCCCACCCUGCCGCAGGAGAGCGGCCAGAGCGGCAAGGAGGGCCAGGGGGGCGGGGCCAGGGGCGGCAAGCGCGGCGACGCCCAGAGGCACAGCUACCGACAGGCCGUCAAGCAGUGAGGGAAGGGGGGCGGACGGGGCGCGGCCCCCCCUGAAACGGGUUUUACGUUGAGAUUCCGGAGGUGGGGCGGGAUGGGGAGGGGGGCUUGGUCGUU